AUGUAUCCUUAUGUUUUUGCAACCGUAGUAGUUAGUGUUGUGGUAGUUGGCUUUGUAGCUUAUACAGUUUGUAAUGAAAUUUUAAAUGAGCCAAUUCCAGUUUAUUAUACAGCUAAGAUAGAAACGCUACAGGAACAAGAAGAACAACUUUUAGAAAAGUUAUCAUAUCUUAAUGUUUUGGAACAAGAAUUACAUUCUAGAGCAAAAGAAAUAGAAAACGAAGAACGGAUUUUGAGGGAGAGAGAACAAGAACUUGAAAAUAGGAAGCAACACUUACAAUCCAUCAGUUCAAAAUCCAACAAUAACAGCAGUGAUGAAAUUUCAUUAAAAGGUGUUGUUGAACAACAUUCUUUGAACAAUGAAAAUAGCAUUUAUCCUGACACAGCUGCACAAGCAAUUCUCUCACAAGAUUUAUCAAUUAUUAAAGAUGCAUGGUCUGAAAUUGAAUCUAUUAAUUCAGAGGACAUUGGAAGUGAAAUGUCAUCUGCAGUUGACAUUGAUAUGGAAGAAGUAGAUGUUAUAGAGCAUUAA